UCUUUAGGCAACUCGUCAAUAAAGGGACAAAACGUAGUGAGUCACUCACCUCAUCACCAAUUCCUCAAUACCACACAAAUUCAGUACCCACAAAGAGUAAAGGAAGAGCAUGCAAGGGCAUUUUCGUCAAUUCAUCCAACUGGCGCCUAAAUAACAUUUCCCUUCCUCGUCACACCUUUCGCCAGAGAAAAGCCCUAACUGAGUGGAAACCCCCGCCGUCGCCGCCGCCGCCGCUGCUUAACGUUAUCUCUCCCACCGUCUUAAAUGGCGGCCGCAGCUCCAACCCCCACCUCCUCCUUAGUCUCGAAGCCCCACUCUUUCGCCAAUUUGCCGAAGCUUCAUUCCAAGUUCACCCUCCCAUUCCCUCGCAAUCCCCAGAAGCCGAACGCCGCCGCCGCCGCCGCCAUCUCCCACCGCCGGAAUCUCCAAAUCUCAAAUGUGAUAUCUUCCCCCAACAAAAAAAUCCAGCGCGAGGAGACGUUCGUUUCCCGAUUUGCCCCCGACGAGCCACGGAAGGGCAGCGACGUCUUAGUGGAGGCGCUCGAACGGGAAGGCGUCACCAACGUGUUCGCCUACCCUGGAGGCGCGUCGAUGGAGAUCCACCAAGCCCUCACGCGCUCCAGUACCAUCCGCAACGUGUUGCCCCGUCACGAGCAGGGUGGUAUCUUCGCCGCCGAGGGCUACGCACGCGCCUCCGGCCUCCCCGGCGUGUGCAUUGCCACAUCCGGCCCCGGAGCCACCAAUCUGGUCUCCGGCCUUGCCGAUGCUCUGCUCGACAGCAUUCCGCUCGUGGCAAUCACAGGCCAAGUCCCCCGCCGCAUGAUAGGCACUGAUGCCUUUCAAGAAACCCCAAUUGUUGAGGUAACCAGGUCGAUUACGAAGCAUAAUUAUCUCGUUUUAGACGUCGAAGAUAUUCCCCGAAUCGUCAAAGAAGCCUUCUUUCUGGCACGGUCGGGCCGACCCGGCCCGGUUUUGAUUGACAUUCCUAAAGAUGUUCAACAGCAAAUGGUGGUUCCAAACUGGGAUCAGCCAAUGAGAUUAGGUAGUUAUUUGUCUAGGUUGCCUAGGCCUCCUAGUGGAGUGCUGUUAGAACAAAUUGUUAGGUUGAUAUCCGAGUCGAAAAAACCGGUUCUUUAUGUCGGCGGUGGGUGUUUGAAUUCGAGCAAGGAGUUGAAGAGGUUUGUGGAGCUCACUGGAAUUCCUGUAGCGAGCACACUUAUGGGCCUCGGUUCUUAUCCUUGCUCGGAUGAAGAAAUCUCGUUGCAAAUGCUGGGAAUGCAUGGAACUGUCUGUGCAAACUAUUCAGUUGACAAGAGCGAUUUAUUGCUCGCCUUUGGGGUGAGAUUUGACGACCGUGUGACAGGGAAGUUGGAGGCAUUUGCCAGCCGAGCAAAGAUUGUGCACAUCGAUAUCGAUUCUGCUGAAAUUGGGAAGAACAAGCAGCCACAUGUAUCCAUCUGUGCUGACAUCAAAUUAGCCCUGGAUGGUUUGAACUCGAUAUUGGAAGAUAGAAGCAACGGGGGCAAAAUCAGCCUCGACUUCUCGGCAUGGAGGCGAGAGCUAAAAGAACAGAAGACGAAUUUCCCGUUGACUUUCAAGACAUUUGGAGACGCCAUUCCUCCACAGUAUGCAAUUCAGGUUCUUGAUGAACUGACAGGUGGCAAUGCAAUUAUCAGCACCGGUGUAGGGCAGCAUCAAAUGUGGUCGGCACAAUUCUACAAGUACAAUAAGCCAAGGCAGUGGCUGACUUCGAGCGGUUUAGGGGCAAUGGGCUUUGGACUACCUGCCGCCAUCGGAGCAGCUGUGGCAAGACCUGAUGCAGUUGUGGUUGACAUUGAUGGUGAUGGGAGUUUCAUAAUGAACGUGCAGGAGUUAGCCACUGUCCGUGUGGAGAAUCUUCCUGUUAAGAUCAUGAUUUUGAAUAACCAGCAUUUGGGUAUGGUGGUUCAGUGGGAGGACCGGUUCUACAAGGCGAACCGGGCCCACACUUUUCUCGGGAACCCUUCUGACGAGUCGGAGAUUUUUCCUAAUAUGUUGAAAUUUGCCGAGGCUUGUGGUAUACCUGCAGCUCGUGUGACGAAGAAGGAUGAUCUUAGGGCGGCUAUACAAAAGAUGUUGGAUACACCCGGCCCGUAUCUAUUGGAUGUGAUAGUACCGCAUCAAGAGCAUGUCUUGCCUAUGAUUCCGAGUGGGGGCGCGUUUAAAGAUGUGAUCACUGAAGGUGAUGGAAGAACUAAGUACUGAUGUGAAAAACGGCAGGGCAGGAUUUUCGUUGUCGAAGUUAGGUUUCAGCUAAACAAGUUUUGGGCUGUAAGUUAGUUUGCGUCUCGUGUUUUUGAUAUUUUGCAAGGUUUGAUUGUGUUAAUUUUUUUGCUUUGUAGUUAUUGGUAUCUCUAGUGGAUACCUUUGGUACGAAUAUCACCUUAUGUUGAAUGUUAUAAUAAAAGUUGAUGUUGGUGAU